UAAACAAUGGCAUUAGCUGUGUGAGGGGGGUUGCGUUGUCCUCGGUGUGGCACUGUCCGAAAAAAAUAAUAAUAAUAAGCCAACUCCACAAUGUUACACAUGGUGAGUCACCCGAAUGAGAACAUAUUAAUCAAGUGACAUCUACAGGCAUUUGUUUGAGAAUUUAUUUAAGAAGGGAGCAUCUUUAAAGGGUGAUUGACACACAAAGCAGGUGUGUCCAGCUGCACACUGACAUCAUACAGGAAUUUUGUACAUAGUCAUGAUGAGCGAAGGGGCAUCUGGAGACACCACUGGUUUGGAGCUGGAUGGAGUGAUUGGGACAGAGGAGACCCCAGUGAACACGCUUCACAGAUCAGCAGAGGAGGAGGGAACCACCACUCGGAGGAAGAAGAAGAAGAAAAAGAAAGAGAUCAUCUACCGCUCUGACCUGGAGGAUGAUGACGCUGGGGAGGGGACCUCUGCGAAUGUGGAUGGAACCUUUGGUCCUCCACCUGACGAAGAAGAAGAGGAUAUCCCCGCUGACAGCCGUUUCGUGACCCUGACUGGCACCAUCACGAGAGGAAAGCGGAAAGGCCAAAUGGUGGACAUCUAUAUGACCCUUACCGACAAAGAGCUGAGAGAUAUGGCACGAUCCAAAGAGCGUUUAGAUGCAGAAUGUGACGGGCUAGAGGAAGCCAAGCAAAAACCCUGCGCGCUGGGGGUCAGCCAGGGCCCUCAUGUUCUUCUCUGGAGCCUUUCCUGCUCCCCGUUCGUCUUCCUUCUCUCUUUCAUCACGUCGUUUUACUACGGAACGCUCACCUGGUACAACGUCUUCCUGGUUUACAAUGAGGAACGCAGCUUUCUGCACAAGAUCACGGUGUGUCCCUUGCUUAUUCUGUUAUAUCCGGUACUGAUCAUGGCGUUGUCUCUUUGUAUGGGUGUGUACGCCGCCGUGACCCAGCUCUCCUGGGUGUUUGGGGAAUGGUGGCUGGCAGUGAGGGACCUGGAGAAGGGCUUCUGUGGGUGGAUGUGUGGAAAGAUGGGGUUGGAGGACUGCGCCCCGUACAAUGUGGUUGAGCUGCUCGACUCUGACACUCUCUCCGGGACCCUCCGGGGGAAGAGGCUCGAUGACGUUGAACACACUUCUACUUUGUGAACGCAAAAACAUGGAAUAACGUUCUGGGUUUAAUUUUAAUUAAGCUCUGUCAACAGCAUCUGUAGCAUGCUGUCAAUUUAAAAACUUUUUUUUACUUAUUUGGCUCAGGAAAAACAAACUUAAGAACAAGUCAAAAUGAUUUUCGUUAGCUUUUAACUUCUUUUUUUUUUUAAUCCUGAGCCCUCAUUUAAAUGGAUAGAUCACCAAAAAAAGAAAAUUCUGUCAUUUUCUCACCCUCACGUUGUUGCAAAACGGACUUUCUUUUGUUCUGUGUUAUAUAAAAGAAAAUAUUAUUUUGUUCCUAUUGACAUCAUAUGGACAGAAAAUAUUGAAACAUUUAUCAAAAAAAAUAUGUUCCACAGGAGAAAGAAUGCCACAGUUAUGAAAAAUAAAUACAUUCAAAAUAGCAUAAAUGUGCCCAAAACGGCCACUAUGGUAAGUCUGUGAAAAUUAUUUAUAUUCAUAGCUUUCAAGUUUGAUUUGGCUGAAAAUUCCAAGCAUCCUAAUUAUAUCCUUGCAUGUUUACAUAGAAAAACGUUUUAUUGGCAGAUAUGCUUCUCACAUUUUUCUACUGUACAUAUUUUUAAGAUAAUAUGUAUAUGCCUUGUUUGAACAAUCUUACUGUCAGUGAUCAUAAUCAAGUCAGAUUUGCUCUAUGGUUGUCAAAGGCAACUUUAGCUAUAGCCUAUAUCAAACCAUCAGAUUCAUCUGAGCAGAAGAGUGGAGCUGAUGGAACUGAUGGAAAAUAAAUAAAAGUGCAAGUUACUUGCAGAGGAACAUUGUUUUUGUUUUCAACCAUAGAUUUCUAUAGAGAGCUAUGGUACGGUAAAUUAAUACAUCCGUGAAUAAAUUGUAGCAUUUCGAGAUCAAAGUUGAAAUAUUUCGAGAAUAAAGUCGUACAUAGAAGUUCUUAUUGAUCUGCUUCUGCUUUUGAUCUAAAUAUAAUUGUAGCUUCUUUAUCUUGGCUUCUAACAAAAGGAAAUUCUACAGGUGCUAAUCUUACAACAUGGCAUUACCAUUUGUUUUAGGACGCCUAGACAUGCACAAAGGCUAAAUAUUUAGCGUAAUUUUAACUUUAUCCUUAAAAUAUUACGACUUUAUUCUUGAAAUGUUUAGACUUUAUUCUCUGAAUAUGUAAAAAAAAAAAAUGACGUUGUGGUUCAGGGCUUCCGUAGAAGUAUUAGAAGUAUUUACCAUUGUCGUGCAUUAUACGCAUUGCACAGCUGAAAAGCAGAAAACGUUUCUUCUCUAACGAUUUUCUCAAGCUAUCUGACCAAUACUUGCACUUGAACCAGACACUAAACAACAUUUUACACUCUAAGCAGACAAAUGCUUUUACACUUCUUAAUAUGUUCAAAAUCACAUAACUGUUGUGUUAGUGUUUGAAACUGUGUGGUGCUUUGUGUUUUUACAGAUGUAACAACAAUGGUGCUCACCAAGGAUAUCAGCCAUUAAAAACCAUAAACUGGUUUACACGCAUUAAGGAUAAUGGUUCUGUUGUCCCAGAAGAUCAUGUUACGUUUUCAAAAACCUUUUAGCAGAAAAUUCACUGAUCAAUGGGCACACCUACUUCAAAUGGUGUCAAUUAUAGUACUCAUAUCCUCUUCAUAUACAGUACAGUCGGCAUUUACAACUUUAUCUGUUGUUUAUGGUGGCACGUAUUGUAAAAUAAUUAAAUGCAGGGUUCCCACGGUCAUGGAAAAUAUCAGGAAAUAUCAGGAUGUUAAAAUUGUUCGAAAGUUCAUGAGUAUUAAUAAAAAGCUAUGAAGAUUUUUUUUACUAGAAAAUGCUCUUGUCUGAUUUGUGAGUGAAUUAUUCUUUUGAGUCACAAAUCUGAAAAAUUAUACAUAUAUACAAACUCGUAUCCCGUAAAAAUGUGUGGGAACCCUGUACAUUACAAAAUAUCUUACCAGAGAUCUAAUGCAUAUGAUCUGCAUAAUUUGAAGUCUGUAUAUUCAGACAAUGUACAAUAUGUAAAGACAAUUUUGUUAAAAAGUUGAACAUUUAUAUCUGAAAUAUUCAAUCUGCUGGCUUUAAAAUAUGCAAGUGUUAGAAGCUCUCAAAUUAUACUCAAUUAAUUCUGCAAAUAAGCAGGUUUGAUGUAAACCACCUUUUUAAUUAUAAUCAUCAAUAGAUUCAAACUAUUGGACAAGAGAUUCUUGACUUUUUUUUAUAUAUCUUUGGGAACUUUUCCAACUGCUAUGCUGUAGGCUUCAAUAAACACUCGGCAUGCCGCUGAUAAAAGACCUUGACCUGUUUUUUGCAGUUAGGCCAGCCUUAAAAAUAUUAUAAAAUGUUGUCUUCUGGCACAAAGUAGCCUGUUUUUCUGUAAACAUGGUUUCAAAGCACAAACUCGUUUUUUUUUAUAUUAUGACCUUGAUAAAUGUUUUGUUUUCACACUUGUGCGUGUGUACCACAGUAAUUUAAUUUUCAACACUUAUAAUAAAGGAUUUUAUCUCA